AUGCGACAUCCGGUUGACACGCCUGCAUGGCAUACGAUAGAUAAAAAAUGGCCUUCUUUUGCAUCAGAUUCACGAAAUUUAAGACUUGGCCUUUCAACUGAUGGGUUUAAUCCAUUUGGUGACCUUAGUUCGGCAUAUAGUUGUUGGCCAGUAACAUUGGUGGUAUAUAAUCUUUCGCCACUUGAACUCAUGUCUAAAGAGAAUAUGAUGUUGACAUUACUAAUCCCAGGGCCGAGGCAACCGGGAAAUGAUAUAGAUGUGUAUUUGGAGCCACUUAUAGAUGAUUUGAAAGAUCUAUGGGAGAAAGGUGUGGAAAUUUAUGAUGCAUUUGCAAAGUCCACAUUUAAUUUGAAGGUAAUCUUGAUGUGGACAAUUAGUGACUUUCCAGCUUUUAGUAACCUCUCUGGUCAUGUUACAAAGGGUAAAAAAGCUUGUCCAACAUGUAGUGAUGACACAUGUUCAAGGCGGUUGAAUUGUAGCACCAAGACCGUUUACUUGGGUCACCGUCGAUGGCUAUCUCCUACUCACCCAUUUCGAAAAAAGAAGAGUUGGUUUGAUGGGAGUGAAGAACAUAGGUGGAAGCCUAAAAUAUUGUCUAGGACUGAAAUUCUUUAUGCUGUGAAAAAUAUUAAAAAUGAUUGGGGUAAAAAAGUGAAGGGAAAAUUACAUAUCAAACCAAAAAUUGGAAAGAGGAAACAAAAGACAAAAAAGGACGAAAAUGUGGCGUGGAAGAAAAAAUCCAUAUUUUUUGAAUUACCAUUCUGGGAGGUAUUACUCGUUUGCCAUAACUUAGAUGUCAUGCAUAUUGAAAAGAAUGUUUGUGAGAGUAUUAUUGGCACCCUAUUGAACAUAAAAGGAAAAUCAAAAGAUGGACUCAAGUCUCGUAGGGAUUUGGAGGAAAUGGGCAUCAGGGGGGAUUUGCACCCACAAGAUUCAAAAGGGAAACAUUUCGUGCCACCAGCACCUCAUACACUAAAGAAGGAAGAAAAACAGCUUUUUUGUAAGCGAUUACAACAAUUAAAGCUACCAGACGGCUAUAGUUCCAACAUUGGGACACAUAUAUCAUUGGAUGAAUGCAAGGUUGUAGGCUUGAAAUCUCAUGAUUAUCAUGUCCUAAUGCAACAAUUACUACCGGUAGCGUUACGGGGAAUUCUACCAAAGGCUGUAAGGAAUGCCAUAUUUCGCCUAUGCGCAUAUUUUAAUGAAGUAUGCGAAAUGGUGAUUGAUAGGAACUCAAUGGAAAGACAGGAAAAUGAAAUUGCUGAGACAUUGUGUAUGUUAGAAAGAUUUUUUCCUCCAUCUUUUUUCGACAUUAUGAUUCACUUGACUAUUCACAUCGCACGCGAAGCUCGUAUUUGUGGACCAGUACAAUUUCGUUGGAUGUACCCAUUUGAGAGGAUGAUGAAGGUUUAUAAAGGAUAUGUUAGAAAUAGGGCGAGACCUGAAGGAUACAUAGCUGAAGGCUAUUUGGCUGAUGAGUGUGUGAAAUUUUGUAGUGAGCACAUCAAACAAGCUUCUAAAAUAGGGGAGAGACAUUCUCGAAAUGAGGAUUUUGAAGGUGAGACAACAAUAGAUGGCCGUCCAAUUUUGAAAGGAAUUUUGAAAGUCAUGUCGAAUGACAUGUUACAAAUUGCUCACCGUUAUGUCUUGUUCAAUAAUGCAGAGGUGGAACCGUACACAGGAAAACAUUUGGAGGAGCUUAAGCAGAUGGACAAGCGUCUCAUAAGGAAUGCAAGUGCAUUACAAAAGAAACAUAUGGAGACUUUUUGUUUGUGGUUUGCAAAUGAAAUUAGUGCAGCUGGUAAUGAUGUGUCCGAUACACUUAUGUGUCUUGCAAAUGGGCCUAGAAGAGAAGUCAUUUCACAUUCGGGAUAUAUUGUUAAUGGACAACGAUUUCACACCAAGGAUGUGGAGAGAAGCACACAAGAUAGUGGUGUUUCGCUUGAAGCGAAAACUAUAUGUCAAUCUAGUGCAAGAGAUACAAAUCAAGUUCUAGGAAAAGUAUCUUACUAUGGUGUUUUAAAAGAUAUACUUUUGUUAGAUUACCACACAUUUAAAGUGCCAAUCUUUGAUUGUGAGUGGGCAAACAUUAGAAAUGGCAUCAAAGUUGAAGAUGGAUUUGUAUUAGUUAACCUUCAUGAAGGUCAAAGUCAGUUUCAAAGUGAUCCCUUUAUUCUUGCUUUACAGGCUAAGCAAGUUUUUUAUUCAAGGGAAGAUGAAACAUCUAAUUGGUAUGUUAUACUUAAAGCGCCGCCAAGAGGUUUUAAUGACUUGGAGUCUUUUGAAGAAAAUAGUUAUGUGUCUUCUAUGCCAUUAGAUGUAUCAAGAUUGGACUCAAAUGAUGAUGAUGAUGGCAAUGAAGAGUAUGUGCGGUUGGAUUGUGAGGGCAUGACCGUGUAG